CCACAGAAACUUUUUUCACUGAUUUGGGAACAUAAUUUUUUUUGAAAAGUGAACAUAAUAAAUACUCCGUAAUUCACACUCCAAAUCUUUCAUUCUUAAGGUGAUUUUCUGGUAUGGGCCCUAUAGUUUCAAAGCCCAAAAUCCGAAAUAGCCCAAAUUGAAAACUUCGAAGUACAGAGUGUUUGGGUUUUCUUCAGUUUAUCUCCUUCUAUCUUUGCUAGCUCCGAUUCUACAAUAAACCGUUAAACCCUAACCCCCCUUUUGAUUUCGACGGGAAUGGGUGGCGGAGAAGCUCAGGCAGCGGCGGAAGCGCAUUCCGAAGCUCAGUGCGAGGAGUGCAAAUUGAAUCCAUGGCGAUACAAAUGCCCCGGAUGUCUUCGCCGCACUUGCAGUCUCCCCUGCGUCAAAGCUCACAAGCAGAAAUCUGGCUGCACCGGGAAGAAGCCCUUCAACGAAGUCGUUCCCAUAUCGCAGUUCGACGAUAACCUCAUCUUAUCAGAUUACAACAUGCUUGAGGACGUGAAAAGGGUUGCAGAUGCUGCUAGAAUAAUGAGAAGCAGAUUUAGUAUGUAUCCUAGUUUCAAUCUUCCGCGCCCUCUUCUUGCUCUUAGAAGGGCGGCAUUUACUCGCAGAGUAACACUCGGUUUCAUGUCUGCCGGAUUGUCAAAGCGAGAAAAAAACCUAACUUAUUACGAUAAGAGAUUGAAGUUUAUAUCGUGGACUAUAGAGUGGCAGUUCCAUUCCAAGAAUUCCAAGAACGAUGUUGUCUUAAUGGACCACGGUGUAAAUGAAAAGGCAAAGCUCCGGGAUGUGAUCGAGAAACAUCUAAAACCUGGCCCUUGGAAGCACCCUUUGAAGCAAUUUUGCGAUGUGCCCUUGGACUCUCUUAAAGUGUUCAUCCGGAAGCGUCACCAGGGGAAAAAAUCUCCUUACGUUCGGCUAGAUAUAAACACCCCACUACGCCAACAACUCUCUAAUUUGGUCAUCUUAGAAUACCCUGUCUUCCAUGUCUUUCUUCCAUCACACCCCAUUAAGUUUAAAGUUAUCAAAAACUCCAUCCGUCGGCAAGUGAAGCCUAUGGAUUUUGGUAAGAAUGACAGCCCAUCGAGUCACAAGGGAGUAACUUUCAAGGAAGAGGAGAUAGAAGAUGGUGAGUUUUCAGUUCCUCGUGUUCCGGAGCAAGCAAAGCCUAUGGAUUGUAGUAACAAUGACAGCCCAUUGAGUAAUAAAGGAGUAACUUUUAAGGAGGAGAUGAUAGAAGAUGACGACCCUUUGGAUCAUCGUGUUUCAGACCUCGUCCAAGAUGCCGAUGUUGAUUUUAUACCUAAAAUUUCUUCCACUCAGGAAAAGGGAGCUAAAGAACAACCACUUUUGGAUAUUUCUUCUGAUAAGGACUCAGGGGCCGUGGAUAUGGCUUUUCUUGACCAGAUGGCAUUCGAGUUUGACCCGAAGCUAAUUGAUCCAUAUACGAAUCUGUUUGCAGGAGCCGAUCCGGAUGCUUACCUUGACGGGUUAUUAUCUGGUGAUCAGUAUGUGCUUGACGGGAAUUGGGCAGAUUUUGGUAAUGGUAUGCCGCCUGAUGAAGAAGAAUUAGAGGAAGGAGAAAUUGCUCCUUGAUUGCAUCACAAAUGGCUUUUCCCUUUUUGUUCAUGUCACGAAGCCCAUUUUGGCAGUGCUUUGACCAAUCUCCGAUCUUGAUGAAAAAGCUCAUUGCAAAACGUUGUCUCACAAAAGCCCGAAUUUUGAGCUCCCCCCAAAAGGCUGUUUGAAGAAGUAAAUUGCAGUGGCAGUUGUGUCUGGAUCAGAUUUUUGUGCAGCACAAACACUACAGCAGUAAGCAAAUCAAAGCAGCCAUGUAGUUGGGUCUGAAACAAUGGCAAACACACUGCUAUAUGGGAGUGGACAUGGCAUAUCAGUGAAGGGACUGAUUGGUUUUAGGGCUUUUUUGGAGGAGGGAGAGUAGAUAUAUUUAUAAAAGUUUGCUAUUUCAAGACUAGAGAGAGCUUUGUGUAUUGCAAUGAAAGCCAAGCUUUGAAUCCGAUUUCCUUCCACACCCAUUCAAUCCGUGGAUGUGUCUAUUAUAACUCCAAGAGUCAGGCCGAGGAUCAUAUGGCACGGCCUGGGUCGUAGCCUAUGAGCUCGCUACCUGCCCUUGGCAUUGGACAUCUCUAGAGAAUAGACUAAGAGUAGUGGCUUAUAUCCUUAACAUUCUGUCGAGUUGGGGUGUGAUUU